AUGCAACAACCACCUCAACGAUUGAAGCCUAUUUCAGCAAAAGGCGGUCCAAGACAGGACGCUUUAGUCUCUAAUCAGAAUAAUAAUAAUGGAGGAAUUGUUUCUGCAAGAAGGGUGAAAACAGCAGGAGCUCCCUCUCGAAAACCUCAAACUCCGAGAGGAAAUAAUAGCAGUCAACGAGAGGUCACUCCGAGAGAGCAUGCCUCGAAUCAAGAAGAAGUCCUCCCUUCCCAGAGUUUGAACGAUAAUAAUCCAAUGAAUAGCAGAGGUGUCGUUCAGUUAGUGGAUGCAUCAUCUGCGUUGUCGGUUUCCUCGGAGAUGGACAUCAUCGCAGAAGAAAUUGAAACGAUAUCAACAAAUGAAGAAUAUAGAUCUCAACCCAACGAUGUUUCAUUAGAUUCAAAGGUGUCAAAUAUUGAAAAAACUCUUUGCAGCAACAAAUUAUCGUCGCAAAUUCUGACAGAACUUGGAGAAUUGCAAGACGAAAAUACCGACACGUUUAUCGAUGAAGAGCACGAAUUGGAAAAGAAGAAAUUGAUUGUGUUGAAAGACCUGCAGAAAAAAUACCCGCAAUUCAGUUCACUUCGAGACCAACCUCUUCUUGUGCCGUUCAAACCUCUCGCCGAUUCAGCUCCAACAACCCCAACACCUAUACCACCAAAAGCCUCCGAAGAUGAAGAAGAAGGAGAUGAGCAAGAAGAGGAUGGUGAUGAAAACGAAACAAAAAAACAACAAACAGUGACAUCACCCACAACAAACGAACAACAGCAAUAUGAAAAACAACAAUACGAAAGGUCGAUUAUGGGAAACGCCACUCUGGCUGAAAUUUUAAUGGAAUUGGAAUUGGAAAAAGUGGAAAAGAAGAGAGACGAAAUUCUAAAUGCCAAAUCAUCAAUUUUAACAUCAUCUGCAGCUACCACUUAUAACUUCAGUUCAAUAUCAUCGGAUUUACAGAGAAAAUCUUAUCUUGACUAUCGCAAAGAGAGAAACGAAACUCUACUACAGCUCGAAAAAUUACCCACAGUAUCUUUCAAAGAGCCUUCUCACAUUUCGGCUGAAAAACAAUUGAAUUUUUGUUUGGAAAAGAAAAAUACCAAGGCCUAUAUGGAAAAUUUUGUCUUGUCUUUUACAAUUACUGGAAAGAAGUUCAAAAAUUACAAUGUUACAAAGUCAUUACAAGAUGGCAAAAUUUUCAGAUCGUUCGGACAUGAUCAGACAGGUCAAGAAUUUUUAUACCUUGUCAGAAAUAAGUUUGAUGCAAUAUUUAAAGCUCAAUCUGCAAAGCUGAAGGUUUUACCCUAUCCUUACAAAGAAAAUGUAAAUAACGACAAUAGUGGUUUAGGAGGGGAGAAGAAAACAGAUUUGGCGUCAGAUACUUUCACUUAUUUGAAAGAGUCUACUUGGACAAAUGAUCCUUCUUACAAAUCUUCAAAAGUUUUUUUUCCUCCUCAAGAUGCAUUUGAGCAAAAACAAACUAUAUUAAUGACCAACGAUUUACGAAUUGAUCCACAACUUCAAAUAGAGGCUGGGUUUUUACACACUACAGAAUUACAGUAUGCAAGAAAACGAUUGAAAGAUCAAGCAGAUUCUCAUUUCAAAAGAGCAAGAGUAGAAGAUGAAGUUCAGACCUAUCUUGAAGAAGGAUAUAUAGCUGAGCGAAAGUUACCUCAUAACAAUGAAGAAGAUUCCAAUAAGGAAUAUGAACAUUCUUGUUCGAGACUGAAAGAAAUUUCUUCAGAAAUUCGAUCUAAUCACCCAAAGAAUAUUAUCAAAGUCACUGACCUUCAGACAAUUAUCCGAAAACAACUCUAUGAUGCUCGGGCAAGAAGAAAGGUAGAUCAAUUUUUGUUAAAAUCCAAGUGGCUGCCGUACUCUGAGAGAAGAACAUUAUUUAAAAAAGCUUUUGAUAUUCCAAAUGUACAGACCGAUGCAAGAGCUCCAGGAAUAUCUGUCGUUAAAUCAGAGAUAGAAGAGCAGUUGGAAACGCUAAAAGAUUGUGUCGAAAUGAAAAAACUUCCCUCUGAAGAGACAGGUCAAGAAUUUUUAUACCUUGUCAGAAAUAAGUUUGAUGCAAUAUUUAAAGCUCAAUCUGCAAAGCUGAAGGUUUUACCCUAUCCUUACAAAGAAAAUGUAAAUAACGACAAUAGUGGUUUAGGAGGGGAGAAGAAAACAGAUUUGGCGUCAGAUACUUUCACUUAUUUGAAAGAGUCUACUUGGACAAAUGAUCCUUCUUACAAAUCUUCAAAAAGGCUGGGUUUUUUACACACUACAGAAUUACAGUAUGCAAGAAAACGAUUGAAAGAUCAAGCAGAUUCUCAUUUCAAAAGAGCAAGAGUAGAAGAUGAAGUUCAGACCUAUCUUGAAGAAGGAUAUAUAGCUGAGCGAAAGUUACCUCAUAACAAUGAAGAAGAUUCCAAUGUGGAGGGAAAGCGAUUCAGAAUAAGAUCCAUAGAAAAACGCCUUUAUUUUGACCAUAUUGGAUAUUUAGCAACAACCGAAAAUGCCAGUUCAAGUUUUAUUAGAAAAUUUUUCGUUUCUUCUGACGAUUUAGAAAAACUUGCUUCUACCGACUCUCUUCCUCUUAAUGCAACCUUCAGAGAUGAUAAAUAUUCUCUUCAUUUGAAGCGGGAUGUGGUAGUGAGAGAUGCAAAUGGACUUAAAAUUAUGUAUGAUGCUGCUCUAAAAGAUUAUGAAUUGCUAGAAGAACGUCUACUCAAAAUUGGAUCGUACUUUAUUGAAAAAAACUUGUCAUCUUUUCCUAAACUUCAAGUUGACAGAUUUGUGGUUCUUGAAGGAUUACUCGAAAGUGAAACAUGGUUCCAAGACUCUAAGCGUAAAGUCAUUGAUUGUUACAUGGAAGCGUAUGAACAUUGUUACGAACCAAAGGAACAAUUACGCUUGGCAAGCGCAAUCAUGCAAAUUAUGAAAAAAACUCCAAAGUUUAAUUUAGAAAGCCACUAUUUUUCCGAAAGUUAUGCGUCAGAAAUUAUUUGCUUAGAAUUAUAUCAUAGUUUACUGAAAGACAUUCUCAAGGAGCAAAUUAGGGAUGAAAAAGAUUAUCUUUCAUUCAUAUACGAAGCAAUUGAUCCGUCAACCGAAAGAAGUGGAUUUCCAGAUAAUGUAACUUUGGAUAACUUUGCACAAACAGAGCUCUUUCCUGGAUCCUCUAAAGUGGGAUUUCUUGAUUUUUAUACAUCAACAAGCAUCAUUGGUCGGAUUCAUGAACAUCUAGAAAAAGCUGUUAACAAUAUUACAAACUCAUUUAAAUUUAAGAAUGUUUUGUCUUUGAAUGCUGUACGACGAUCUGUCUUGCAGCAACUGAUAGUGGAAUGGAAAUUAAUUGCUAAGGAGGAAAAGAUCCAAAAGGCAAUUAAAAGUAAAUUAUCAGAAGAACGAUCUGCAAUUGAAGAUACCAACAUUUUAGAAGAUCCCAAUGAGUUGAUAUUUUUAUUGAACACUGUAAUAGACACAGAGAAAAUGCCAAAGCAUAAUACCGAUGAUCAAGAAAACAUGAUCACAAGAGAUACGGAAGGAGGAUUCUCCAUGGCAGAGAAAGACUCUAUACCGCUCCAAUACUUUUCGAAUUUAGUUGAAAUGAUCACCAUCUGGAAACAUUUAACAAAAGAACUGUUGGAAACAGACAUUCUGACCGCUAUCUUUAAUUCACAAGCCACUCUUGUUGGUACAGCACAACAGUCAAUGAACUCAGCCCUUGGACCUCUCAACUUUGACACCAAGGAUGCUUUGAAUGAUUCUCAGCACUCAUUCCCUGAAAUGAAAACACAGUACCUUACCAACUUGGCGAUCGUCGAGUUCGAUAGCUCAAUGGCAGAAGCCAAUUUCAACUCUUUUGAUGGCAUCAAACGAUUAGUUGGAUUAGUCGGACUGUUCGAGUUGAGACAUCUGUAUCAAUAUCAAAUGCUGCAAAAAAUUCUCUACGAAACCGCUGUAAAAUAUAAUCAGACGCCGCUCGACGAUUAUUAUGUGGCCCAAGAAAAGAAAGAAUUCUUUGUGACAUCAAUGAACACUCAAAAUGACACAUCUCAAUAUAUAACAAAGGAGGUUCUUCAGGAGUUAUUCUUGACAUUCAAUAACAUGAAAAUACCCAUACGUCAAAGAAUCCUAAAGGAAUACCAAAAGUUGUCCGAAGGUAUUAUCAAAAGCAAGCGAGCGAAUGUAGUUAGAAAAUAUCUAAGAGAUCUCAAAUUCAGACUUUCUGCGAGUUUUUGUACAUCAAUGCUGUCGACUAUUCAACCUUAUAUUUUAAAAUGCGAUAUUAUCGAUGUAGUUAGAGAGCUUAGAGCUACAUUAGGCGCCGUCUCAGUUGGCAGUGGAUUUUUGAUUGGUAAACCAGAUCACAACGUUCAAAUUUCAUCACACGGCGUAGUCUCGAAGAACAAAGAUGAUCAUGCAAACAAAUGCGUUAUGGCAAAAGAUGGAGAGGUUGUGAAUGUUACCUAUGUUCCUCACUUUAUUCAAAUAAUGAGAACUUCUUUCAUUCAGGCCAACGAGGAGGAAAACACAAUGACAGACAAUUUCUAUAACUUAUUGCAAAUAUUACAACGUACCUUCAUCAUUUUGAAAUUUUGGGCGAUCAGUAUUCAAGCAACUGCAAAAUUGUAUGAUAUUAUCAUCAAUGAAGGAUAUGGAUUGGAAAAAGGUUUAGAAACCUAUUGCAAGUCUUUGACUUCGGAGCUUGAACACUUGAGACAGCCAGAAAAUCCAGCCUCCGUUAUUAGUUAUUUGACAUUGAAAUGUGAAACUCUACUUUUAAAAUAUAUUCUUAUUCUGGACAACUUGAAACAUAAAUUAAGAAAGGAAGGAAUGAGAUCGUGUAUGAUUGCUGAGAAUUAUUUACAAAAGUUGCAUGAUUCUGAGAGAAAUUACUUUUCUGCUGAAGAUGCAAAUGUCACUUUGUACAUGGAAGAGUUGUUGACUGAAGAAAAAGUUUAUCCUAACAGCAUGCCUGAGCAAGCUGUCAAGAUGCAAUUUGAUUUCUUGAAGACAUCUGUGUUGAUGUACAAGCUGAGGGACUAUUUUUUAGACCUUAGCUGCAAUGGAUCAAAAUUAAUGUUGCAAGAUGAGGCAAAAAUGGAAGACUUGUACAAUCACAUUAUUUUCAAAAAAAGCCAAAAGAAUUUAUGA